GCACCCAUCCACCCACUGUGACUCUCCUCACAACAAAUCAAAAUUUAAAAUUAAAUGUUAUGUAUGCUUUGCGUACACAUAUACAUAUAAUGUGUAUAUAGAUGCAUGCAUGUAUGCGUCUAUAUGUGAGAGAUCUAUAAAGCUUAACAAAAGUGCUUUCUCUAGAAGAAACGACAAAAUACGCAGAGAAAUCCAAACCAAAAGUGGUUUUUGUGACAGAGAGAAAGCUCUUGAAGAUCCAACCAAAAUCUAGCUUUGCUCUUCUUCUUCUUUUUCAUUUCUUGGAUCAUAAAGAGAGAGAGAGAGAGAGAAAGAGUUAUCGAUGGAUGAAGAUGGAAGCUUGCAGAUUGGUAAUAGUAAUUAUAAUGGAGAAGAAGAGGAAGCAGAUCCAGAGAAUAACACCAUGAACCAACCUCUCCUUAAAAGACAUAGAACUCUUUCUUCAACUCCUCUUGCUUUGGUCGGUACCAAGGUUUCACACAUCGAGAGCUUAGAUUAUGAAAUAAACGAGAAUGAUCUGUUCAAGCAUGACUGGAGAAGCAGAUCAAAGGCACAAGUGUUUCAAUACAUAUUCGCAAAAUGGACAUUAGCUUGUCUUGUUGGUCUCUUCACUGGUCUCAUCGCCACUCUCAUCAACCUCGCCGUCGAAAACAUCGCCGGUUACAAACUUCUCGCUGUCGGCUACUACAUCGGUCAAGAUAGGUAUCUGACAGGUCUGUUAAUCUUUGCCGGAGCCAAUUUGGGUCUGACUUUGGUGGCGACAGUACUUGUUGUUGUCUUUGCUCCUACGGCGGCUGGUCCCGGGAUUCCUGAGAUCAAAGCUUAUCUUAAUGGCGUCGACACUCCAAAUAUGUUUGGCGCCACCACCAUGCUCGUUAAGAUUGUUGGAAGUAUUGGAGCAGUUGCAGCAGGACUUGAUCUUGGCAAAGAAGGGCCAUUGGUUCAUAUUGGAAGCUGCAUAGCUUCUUUGCUUGGUCAAGGUGGUCCAGACAAUCACAGAAUCAAAUGGAGAUGGCUUCGUUACUUCAACAACGAUAGAGACCGAAGAGAUCUCAUCACAUGUGGUUCCGCCUCUGGAGUAUGUGCAGCUUUCAGAUCACCAGUAGGAGGAGUUCUCUUCGCUCUUGAAGAAGUAGCCACGUGGUGGAGAAGUGCUCUCUUGUGGAGGACAUUCUUCAGUACAGCCGUUGUGGUGGUUGUACUGAGAGCGUUCAUCGAGAUUUGCAACUCCGGUAAAUGUGGGCUUUUCGGUAAAGGAGGGCUCAUUAUGUUUGAUGUGAGUCAUGUAGAGGUUAGGUACCACGCAGCUGAUAUAAUCCCUGUCACGUUGAUUGGUGUCUUUGGUGGUAUUCUUGGAAGCUUAUACAAUCAUCUUCUACAUAAAGUCCUUCGUCUUUACAAUCUCAUCAAUCAGAAGGGUAAGAUUCACAAGGUGCUUCUAAGUCUUUCGGUGUCUCUGUUCACAUCGGUUUGCUUGUAUGGUCUUCCUUUCUUAGCGGAAUGUAAACCUUGUAAUCCUUCCAUAGACGAGAUCUGUCCAACAAACGGAAGAUCAGGGAACUUCAAGCAGUUCAACUGUCCUAACGGUUAUUACAACGAUCUAGCUACUCUGUUUCUCACAACCAAUGAUGAUGCAGUGAGAAACGUUUUCUCUUCAAACACUCCUAAUGAGUUUGGUAUGGUUUCUCUCUGGAUAUUCUUUGGCCUCUACUGCAUCUUGGGGCUUAUCACAUUCGGUAUAGCGACACCGUCCGGUCUCUUCUUACCGAUCAUCCUCAUGGGCUCUGCUUAUGGUCGGAUGCUAGGCACAGUGAUGGGACCUUACACAAAGAUCGAUCAAGGGCUUUACGCGGUUCUUGGUGCAGCUUCGCUCAUGGCUGGUUCCAUGAGAAUGACUGUUUCCCUCUGUGUUAUCUUCCUUGAGCUCACCAACAACCUUCUUUUGUUACCCAUAACAAUGUUUGUGCUUCUGAUUGCUAAAACAGUUGGAGACAGCUUCAAUCUAAGCAUCUACGAGAUCAUUCUCCAUCUAAAGGGCUUACCUUUCUUGGAAGCGAAUCCAGAGCCAUGGAUGAGGAAUCUCACUGUAGGUGAGCUUGGUGAUGCUAAGCCUCCGGUUGUAACACUUCACGGAGUAGAGAAAGUGGCGAAUAUAGUCGACGCGCUGAGGAACACAACGCAUAACGCGUUCCCGGUGUUGGAUGGAGAAGAUCUAGCUACUGGUGCUGCUACAGAGCUUCAUGGGUUGAUCUUGAGAGCACAUCUUGUUAAAGUUCUGAAAAAGAGAUGGUUCUUGAAUGAGAAGAGAAGAACAGAAGAGUGGGAAGUUAGAGAAAAGUUCACACCGGUUGAAUUAGCUGAGAGAGAAGACAAUUUCGACGAUGUUGCAAUCACAAGCUCAGAGAUGCAAAUGUAUGUUGAUCUUCAUCCUUUGACCAACACUACACCGUACACAGUGGUGCAGAGUAUGUCAGUGGCUAAGGCUUUGGUGCUUUUUCGAUCAGUCGGUCUUAGACAUUUGCUGGUUGUUCCCAAGAUUCAAGCUUCAGGAAUGUCUCCUGUGAUAGGGAUCUUAACAAGGCAAGAUCUAAGGGCUUAUAACAUUCUACAAGCGUUUCCCCAUUUGGAUAAACACAAAAGUGGAAAGCUUCGAUGAAUAAGCAAAAGCAAAAGAAGCUUCACCUUUUGCUUUCGUGUGAGUGAUUGAAUCAGCUUUGGAUUUGUGUUUCUUUCUCCCAUUCUUCUUAGUUUUAUUCAUUCUGUCCAGUUUUGCUUGCAUUCUUUCUUCAACACCAAACACAAAAUAUAUACUGCUUCGUAGAUUUGUGUUUUCUACUUGUAAAGCUACAUUUUCUUACCACAUAUUAUAAGAAUAAGAGCAAUUUGAAUACAGAACAAAACUUGAAAGCUUAAGCUCAAGUGCCAAUGGGUUUACACAUCUUCUCCUUACUUCCCCCAAAACAUCAUACGACACUCGGAUAUGUAAACAUGGGGAAGACGAAUAUGGUGCCAUGCCAUUAACGGACGUAUGGUGAAAACACACGAUGUCUAACAAAAAUUUUGUCCAAAACUUUUCAAAUCUGUAAUGAAUAUAAAAGGACAACAACAAAACUUCACUCAUCAACCUCUGCUCUGAUUUCUCUUUGGAGAUCUUCUUUGUAAUCUUCGAAUGUGCCGUCGAAGAAAGACACUGUUCCGUCUUCUACAACCCAAAUUUGACUCUUCUCCUCAUCCUCACAGACUCGUGAUAUGAGUCUCGAGUCGUGACUCACUAGCACAACUCCUCCACUGAACUCAUCUAGUGCAUCUGCCAACGCAUCUAUACUCUCCAUGUCUAAGUGAUUCGUGGGCUCGUCAAGAAGCAAAAUGUGUGGCCUCGACAUUGAGAUUGAGGUGAACACAACCCUAGCCUUUUGUCCACCAGACAGUUUCGCAACUGGAGCUACCUGGUUGUCUUUUAUUAGCCCAAACUUGCCUAGCUUCUUACGCACCGCCUCUUGCUUGCUACAUCCCUCUUGGUCAGGAUGAAGCCGAAGAAGAUACUCAACAGGUGUUUCCCCCAUUGUUAGCAAGUCAACAAAGUGCUGAGAGUAUCUGCCAAUCCUAAGCUUUUGGCUUCUUCUCAUCUCACCCUCUGUUGGAACUAAAUCUCCCGCAAGAAGAUUCAAAAGAGUGGACUUUCCAGCUCCAUUAGGCCCAACUAUGGCGACCCGUGUACCCAUGUCAAUACCCACAUCAACAUCUGAGAGCCUGAAAUCUGGCCUAUUGGGAUAGCAGAAGCUAACCUCAAUCAGCUGCAGAAGAGGAGGAGUGAGCUCGGUUGGUUCUGGGAAGUGGAACUCCACGCUAUAAUCUUUCCACUGUCUAGGAGCUUCCGGUGCUGAGCCUUCCUCAUCCACCGCCUUACCCUUCCCCUUACUUUUGGAUGCUUCUCUAGCCGCAGCACGCUUGGCUUUCUCCUUUACCUUCUCCUGUUGAGCAGGGUUUCCAGAUUUCUUAGCUGCUUUAGCCUGUUUCUAGAAAUUCUCAAACUUUUUGUUCACCUCCUUGCGUCGCUGAUCAUAUCCAGACUCGAAAGCAUCGAAAUUACCACGGUAGAAGUGGAGCUUCCGGUCAUGCAAAUGUAUUAUAUCCGUGCAGACAGAGUUGAGGAAAUCCCGGUCGUGCGAAACAACAACCAACGUCUUCUUCCAGCGACACAAAUACUCCUCUAACCACAGAACAGCUCUCAGGUCGAGAUGGUUGGUGGGUUCAUCUAACAACAAGAGAGUAGGCUGCACAAAGAGAGCUCUAGCUAAAGAUAUUCGCAUCCUCCAGCCACCGCUGAAUGAAUUCGUUGCACGGGUUUGCAUAUCACUUGUAAAACCUAGCCCUGCAAGAAUCUUGGCCGCAUCUCCUUCAGUAGCAUCUGACCCCAACAUCUGCAGCCUCUCAUACAAUUCAGCAAGCUUUUCUCCAGAAUCAUCGUCUUCUCCAGAAGACGUAUUCUGUUGAGCUUCCAGAGCUCUAACUUCUUCCCUCAACUUAACCAACUCUUCAUUGGCAGAAACAACUGCGUCCAGAGCACGCUUUUCAUCGGCGACCACCUCUUGCUCGACGAGAAGAACAUCAAUAUUCUUCGGAACUGGAAUCUUCCUCCAAGCUAAAAGCUUUAACAGUGUAGACUUCCCCAUCCCAUUCGGCCCGACCAAUCCAUACCUUUUCCCAUGCGAUAUCUUGACGGAUGUGUUUCCUAAAAGUUCUUUACCUCGAACAGAGACGGAAAAAGAAUCUAUCGUGAUGUCUUUAACAUUCGCAUCAGCCGUGUCUUGUCCUUCAAGCACCGAAGCCUUGCUUCUAAUAACAACCGUGAAUGCAUCACGGUCGUCCCUCAAGUCCUCCCUCUUCGCAAGCUCUGCAGACUGCUGCUUUUCUCUUUCUUUCACCUCACGCUUCUUUUGCUCCUUAUCGGUCACAGAGAUAUCAAGAUGCCUUUGUUUGCUCUUCUGCUUUCUCCUUUCUUCCGCCUGCCUCUGUUCUUCAUCAGAAGCGCUCUCGUCUUCAUCUUCGGAAGAAGGAAGAUCUAUGCCAUCAGUGUAGGAGGAAGCGUUACUUGGAACAGCCCUGGAUGUCGAUGAUGAACCCUUUCUGGGUUUAUCAUCGUUCUUGUGAUCCAUGCCUGCAAGCAUCGCUGAGACUGAUAGUUUCUCCUUUUUCGGUUCUUUAGAAGAAUCUUUUCCACUUGGCUUAGCCUUCGAGGUAGAAGCACUCUCGUCUGACUUCUUCUUACCCAUUUAAAGCUCUAUCUGACAUAAGGAAACUGGAUUUAAGAUUUGGAUAUGGAGAAAAAGCUUGCUCUGGAGGAAUUGAUGGAGAGAGGUGAUAGAAUCGGAUUCUAUCAAAGGGGAUAAAAAAGAACGAAGAAUUAGAAGAGAGAUUCAGAAGAAUAAGAAGAAGAGAAGAAGAAGAAGACGAGAGAGAGAGAGUUUGAAAUUGUUUUGUUUGAUCGUCAAUUCGAU